CAGACAGUAACGUUGCCAUGGCUGCGAAGGUGGCGAAGUCAAAGAACAACCAUGUGAAUCACUGUAAAGAAUCUUUAUGUUUCUGGUUAAAAACUCCAUUAAUACUCAAAGCCCAGAAACCCUUCAUAAAUUUGCCAAAUUUCUUUUCUUUUUUUGGUCGUAGGAGAAAUUGGCUGUCUUUCUCUACACCCAAUUCCUCUCUCAACCGUUAUGCUUUCUUUUCUUCCUCUCCAUUGUCCACCUCCGAAAACCCUCUCUCCGCCGCUGUCAUCAUCAUCUAAACCUCUGCUUCUUACGUCCACGCCUGCAUAUCUCUCUCUCCGCAUCAGAUCCCUCUCCACCACUGCCACCAGGCCGGCCAUCACCUCCACACCAGGGGCAGACCCAGGAUACUACACCCAAAUGCCACCUUCCAAUUCUAACCUCCUCAAAAUCGCCAUGGUUGGGUUCGGCAACUACGGCCAAUUCCUCGCCAAGACCCUGGUCUUCCAAGGUCAUACUGUCCUCGCUCACUCUAGAACCGACCACUCCCUCGAAGCCCGUUCCCUGGGCGUGUCCUUCUUCCUCGACCCUCACGACCUCUGCGAGCAACACCCUGAUGUGAUUUUAUUAUGUACAUCGAUAAUUUCAACGGAGAAUGUCCUCAAAUCUUUGCCAUUACAUAGGUUCAAGCGAAACACAUUAUUUGUCGAUGUCUUGUCAGUUAAAGAAUUUGCCAAAAAUCUAUUGCUCGAUGUCUUGCCUAGUGAUUUCGACAUCAUUUGCACCCAUCCCAUGUUUGGUCCUGAAAGUGCCAAUCAUGGGUGGGAUGGUCUCCACUUCGUCUACGAGAAUGUUAGAAUUGGCAACGAUCAAUCAAGAGUUGAUAGGUGCAAAAGCUUUCUUGAUAUUUUUGCUAGACAAGGUUGUAGAAUGGUGGAAAUGAGUUGUCAAGACCAUGAUAAGUACGCAGCAGGAUCACAGUUCAUCACGCAUACCGUAGGGAGGGUAUUGGAGAUGUUGAAAUUGGAGUCUACGCCCAUUAGUACGAAAGGGUAUGAAAGUUUAUUGGAUUUGGUCGAUAAUACCGCAGGGGAUAGUUUUGAUUUGUACUAUGGGUUAUUUAUGUACAAUAAGAAUGCGCUUGAGAUGUUGGAGAGAUUGGAUUUGGCUUUUGAGGCUUUAAGGAAGCAGCUUUUUGGAAGGUUGCAUGACGUUGUGAGGAAGCAGUUGUUUGGGAAUGGAGAGAGGAGGCAAAUUCUGCAAGGGAAUUAUUCAGAUGGGCAUCAGAAUGGUGCGGCAUUGGCAUCUGCUUCAAAAGCUGAAAGAUCUCAAGGUGCUGCUCAGCCAUACGAAUACCAGGGUCAGAUCUCCAACUACAUUGAUGACCAUUCGAAGCUCAAGAUUGCUAUAGUUGGUUUUGGAAAUUUUGGACAGUUCCUUGCUAAAACCUUAAUUCGGCAGGGCCACACAGUUUUAGCCUAUUCUCGUUCUGACUACUUCGAUGUGGCUCGGAAAUUGGGGGUUUCUUACUUCUCUGAUGCAGAUGAUCUCUGCGAAGAGCAUCCAGAAGUAAUUCUUCUUUGUACUUCUAUUCUUUCAACAGAAAAUGUCCUCAAGUCAUUGCCAGUUCAGAGAUUGAAGAGAAGUACUCUCUUUGUUGAUGUACUCUCAGUUAAAGAGUUUCCUAGGAAUGUGUUUCUCCAACAUUUGCCACCAGAUUUUGAUAUUCUUUGUACUCAUCCCAUGUUUGGCCCAGAGAGCGGUAAAAAUGGGUGGAAUGGCCUUCCCUUUCUUUUUGAUAAGGUCAGGGUAGGAAGCAGUGAGACAAGAAUAUCACGGUGUGACCGGUUUCUUGAUAUUUUUGCUUGUGAAGGGUGCAGAAUGGUGGAGAUGUCCUGUGCAGAGCAUGAUCGGCAUGCAGCUGGGUCACAGUUUAUUACACACACCAUGGGAAGGGUUCUGGAAAAGUUUGGUUUGGAGUCAACACCUAUUAAUACUAAAGGUUAUGAAACUUUGUUAAAUUUGGUGGAAAAUACUGCAGGGGAUAGCUUUGAUCUGUACUAUGGUCUGUUCAUGUACAAUGUAAAUGCAAUGGAGCAGCUAGAGAGGUUGGAUUUGGCUUUUGAAUCUUUGAAGAAGCAGCUAUUUGGGCGUAUGCAUGGUGUUCUUCGGAAGCAAUUGUUUGAAAAUGCAGAGAAGUCUCAAGUCUUGAGGGAGGAAACUUCAGUGUUGAAAGUACCUCAAAAUGGUCAUGCACUAACAUCUUAUUUGGAGACUCUUAAUGCUCAAAACAAUUAAGUUUCAUCUUUUUACAGUAUUGAAACUUGCUGAAUCCAGCUAAAGAUGAUCUAACAGGGAGAAAAAGCUAUUAUCAUCAGUGCUCAAACAUCGUAUAUGUCGCUCAAGCCAAGAAACAUUCUCCAACUUGUUGAAGGAUCCAAUUAGUGCUAAUGAGACUUGUUUCUGGAUUUGGUUCAUGAUGUGUAUUGACGAAGAGGAAUGAUGAGACGAAAAGCUGAAUGCUCUUGAAAGACAUGAGGAAGUUCAAGCAAGUAUAUGUUAAUGUGACGAAUAUUUCAUUCUAGCCAUUGGUUUGCAUAAAGUUCAGUUCAUACACCAGUUUUUGUUCAAUUUCCCACAUGUUGUUCAAGGGUCUCUCUCUCAAUUUUUAUUUUUUGUAGGACAGCCUUGUUGCAUCAUUUUAUUUAAGUUGCUUGUCUGGAACUCCAUUUUUUUUUAUGAGAGGAGCUCCAUUUUGCAUGUCCCUCAAAAGGGAAAUGUCUUGUGCCCUUGUUGAUUUCACUUUAAAUCCUUUGAUAGAAUAAUGAGCCCAUUCUUGAUCCUUGUAUCAAA